AUUAUUGUUGAGGGGAAAAAAAAAAAUCCUCCUUAGCUCGCUUUUUAAACGAAAAGCCCCGAACAUCAUUAAAAUUCCCAAAUCUGAAAAAACUAGGGUUCGUGUUACAGCAGGCCUGGUACUUCGUUUGAUGGGAGAAGAAAAGACAAAGGCAAGGCCCCUAUGACAGCAGAUAUGGAGCAAAAUGGACAGUCGAGUAAAGGGCAGGGAAGAAAAGGGCCACGCGGACCUGGUAUCUGUAUAAAUGACCCAUCUGAACACCAGGGAGACAGGUAUACUCAUCCAACCCAAUUUCAGAAGACACGACCCCAAAGAAGAGCAUCUCAGGGGGGCUCAAGUGAUUGUAGAUGCUGAAAGAUGUUUAUAUUUUUAAAAUUUUUGUCUGUGCAAAGUGUUUUCUAUGUUGUAUUUUGUGUGAAACUUGGAUGUAGUGUUGUGUGAAGGGUCAAGGUGAGCUGUUAGUCUAGCCAAAGGCCUUGUUCCACUGGGAGUGUAUUUGAUAGAG